AUGCAUCUGUACAUGGCUGAUUGUGUGUGGCUCCAAAACUUCCAUCUUUCUUUCGAAGUUGGCCAAGUGAAAAGCACAAUCUGCUCCUCCAUUUUCUAUUUCUAUGGUAUAUGUUAGCACCCUUCUUCGCUCACUCUUGACGCCAGCCACACCAUGAAGAUGAAACCACCAACUCCUCUACAUUUCACCUCCAAAACCCUCAGAACCACCGCACUGUCGACGCAAUUCGGCCUCAAUUCCCACCGUUUGGGACCGAAUUUCAAAAGGGUUUCUGUACUUCACCCUCCUUAUGCCGCCGCUAAAUUCCCACUCACCGGAACAUCUCUUCGUCCAACUGGAAUCCCCUCCGUUGCCUUUGCUGCAGCCAAUUCCCAUUUGGACACCCAGACCUCAUCCAGUGACUUGGAAGCUACGGAAGAGCGAAUAGAGAAGGCCAUUUAUCGAUGUCGGUUUAUGACCCUUCUGGCUGUUUUUGGGUCUUUAACAGGAUCAAUCCUUUGUUUCAUCAAGGGCUGCACUUAUAUUGUGUCAUCUUUCAUGGAAUAUUUUGUCGAUCGGAGCAAAGUGAUCUUGUUGCUUGUUGAGGCCAUAGAUGUCUAUCUACUGGGAACAGUAAUGCUGGUUUUUGGAAUGGGUCUCUAUGAGCUCUUUGUUUCCAAUCUUGAUAUUGCAAAAUCACAAUCGAAGGAAAAAGGUACAUCGACAUCAAAUCUCUUUGGCAUGUUUGCUUUAAAGGAACGACCAAGGUGGUUGGAAAUCAAAUCAGUGAGUGAACUAAAAACCAAACUCGGUCAUGUAAUAGUGAUGCUUCUUCUGAUAGGGUUUUUUGACAAGUGCAAGAAGACUGUCAUACACACACCACUGGAUUUGCUUUGUUUCUCGGCUUCAGUACUACUAUCCUCCGGUUGCCUGUUUUUGCUAUCUAAGCUCAAUGGCUCUACAUGAGACUUCAAGUUUUCUCUUCUGUAUAUACAUGUAUGUUAGAUACAAGGGGUUGUUCCGGCUAGUUUGUUAUGUAUGUAUUGGGGGAUGUAUUAUUCGGAAACUAUAAAUAUAAUACAUGCUUAAAAGGUUAUCAGUC